AUGGGAGCCUCCCUGGAGUCGUCGUCGACGUCCUCCUCAUCCCCGUCAUCACCUUUUUGCACCCACCGCCGCCCAGUAGUAUCUUAUUCGACGAAUUCGAAAGUGAUUUCGGAGUCGACUCUCCGUCUCUCGCUUAUUCCCGUGCUGCUCCUCGCCGCCUUUCUCGUCUUCCUGCUCAGCCCCAUCUCGCCCCUCGCUCGCCUGCCCCUCGAACCCUUCCAUCACACGCCGCGUAGCGAUGGCCUAUCUUUCUCCGCCACGUCAGAAAUCGCCCUGCUGCGGCUGCUCCCACCGCUGCCGCCCGUUGCCGCGCUGCGCCUGGAUGACGGAAAGUCCGAAAAGCGCCGCAGUUUGCCAAGUCGCAUUUUCGGAAGAGAUUCAUUCAAAAAGUUUUUGCAGAAGGCGCCGCGCGGGGCAAGACAAGUGCUGGGAGAUUGCGAGUGGGCGGUUGGAGGGAGGCGGCGACUGGGGGAGGGCGGUGGUGACAUGCACGCGAGGCUGGCACCGCUGUGGGACAUGGCGAGCCGCGUGGCGGUCAACGGGACUGUCGUCAUCGUGUCCGCCAAUGCAGGCGAGUCAGGAAGGGCGAUUCGCGUCGACUACGCUGCUAGAGAACCCCCCCUCACCCCCCCAUUCGCCACGUCUCCCAUUACCCCUUCUCAAGAAGUAGGCUACGAGGAGAUGCUGGAAGACUUAGCGCUGCGAGGGCCAGGCCCUACAUCAUCUUUCCCCAUCGUUCCCCCUCCACCCCCCACUCCCCGGUCCCCUCUGCCAAGCAGGCUACGAGGAGAUGCUAGAGAACUGGGCGCUGCAUGCCAACAGGUGGACCUGCGCUCUCUUCCCCCAUCUUCCCCUCCCACCCCCCCCUCUCCCCGCCCCUUCCCCCACCGACCAGGCUACGAGGAGAUGCUAGAGAGCUGGGCGCUGCUUGCCAACAAGGCAGAGCUGCCACAGGGAGAUGCUGGAGAAGUGGGCGCUGCAUGCCAACAAGGCUACGAGGAGAUGCUGGAGAACUGGGCGCUGCACGCGGACAAGGUGGGGCUGCGAGGGCACUCCAUCAUCUUUGCUGCGGAGAGGCAGUGCUUCGACUUUGCCAACCACAAGUGGCCGGGGCAGGCGCUUCUGCUGGACUUGGAGGGGCAGUUCGUGCAUGAGGACGAGAAUGUGGACGUGUCAAAGGCCAUCGGAAUCAACUCGGCGGGCUUCCACCGCGUGGCGUCCCGCCGGGCCGUGUACAUCCUGCACCUGCUCGCCUUUGGCUUCUCCGUCCUCUACUCCGACAUCGACCUCGCUCUCCUGCAAAACCCCCUCCCGUACUUCGCUCCCCUCUCCUCCUCUCCCUCCUCUGCCACCCCUUCACCCUCCGGCUCCCCUCCUGCCGCUGCCCCGCCGAAAGAAUUCGACGUGUUCAUCACCGCAGAUCAAGCGUGGACGAACGGCCCAGAUCACACGGUCAGUCUGGGCGAGCCGGGACUCCCAAUGGUCAUGUGCUCCUGCUUCCUCUUCUUCCGCCCCUCAGCGGGAGCCAAGGCCCUCGCAGCCAUGUGGGCUUUCAGCAUGGUGGAGAGAGGGCAUGAGAUCGGACUAGACCAGGACCAUUUACUCGAUGUGAUGAAGAUUAUGAGGGAGCGGGGGAUUGAGGCGAAUAUUGGCGUGCUGCCCGGGAAGAAAUUUCCGUCGGGCGAGCUGAUGGCGAAUGAUAUGAUGGGGUUUUUGGGGUUGAAGCCGGGGGUGGUGAUGGUGCAUGCAAAUUAUGUGGUGGGGAAGCGGAAGAAGAUCGAGCGGUUGAUAGAGGCUGGGGUGUGGCUGCUGCCGCCGCCGGCACCAGAGGGAGAGGAGGAGGGCAAGGGAGAGGGGAGUGGUGGCGGCAGCGGCGGUGGUGAUGGUACUGCUAGUGCUGGUGAUGUUGCUGCUGCUGCUCCUGCUGCUGGUGCUGGUGCUGGUGCUGGUGCUCCUGCUGCUGCUGGUGGGGAAGGCAAGGAGGAGGGGCAGGGAGGCGAGGAAGGGGAGGAGGAGAUGGAGAGGCGGUUGAUGGGAGUGGCGGAGUGGGUGCCAUCACAUGUGGAUGCGGUCUUGAGGGUGGCGCCUGGUGUGGCCCGGGAUGGGCCGCUCAUUCUCACCGUGCUCUGCCAUGCAAGCGAGUCGGAUCUGUUCAGGAGUUGGCUGGGGGCCAUUUCAAAGCUCGGCCUCUCAACCAACUUCCUUGCCUCUGUUGCCACUCAGGUACCUCUACCUGCCAACGCUCCCGCCAGUCACAUUAUUCGCCAGCCUGCCUCUGCCGCGUCUACUGGCGGCAGUGGGAGUGAGGAGAAGGCAGAGGAGAAGGCAGGGGAGAAGGCAGAGGAGAGGGACAGGCUAGCGUGUCUGCUCAUGCCGGCGCUGCUGGCCUCACGCCUACUUGCUGCCAACAUCACAGUGCUGUUCAGUGACCCGUCAACUGUAUGGCUUCGCAACCCCCUGCCUUUCCUCCCUGCCAACUUCUCCGUCCUCCUCCCCUCCACCUCCCACUCCCCCACCCCCCCCACCCUCGACACCACCACUCCCACCCCUCUCAACCGAUCCCACCUCGGCUCUCUCUCCCCCUGGCUGCUGCUGCUCCGCCCCUCCUCUCCCUCCUCCUCCGCUCAACCCCCCUCCUCUCCUUCCACCUCCUCCACUCACCCUCCCUCCACUCACUUCCUCGCCCUCUCCUGGGGAUUACAAGCAUUCAAGACUCUAUCCAAAGAGCCGUCUCUUUCAGACAAGGCGGAGGGGAACGGUGAGAGCACACCCCUCGCGUUGUCUGUUGCCGUGCAAAGUGCUCUUAACCAUGCCAUUGCACGUGUGGUCGAAGGGGAACGGGCAGGUGAAGGGGCAGGUGAAGGGGCAGGUGGCGAAGGGAUCACGAUCGGGGUUUUGCCGUCCUUUUUGUUUCCGCCAAGUGCGGUGGUGUGUGAGGAGAGGCAGUGGGUGCAGCAGCAUAGGGAGGAGGUGGUUGCGUUUCACAACAGCUGUGGCGCCAGCAGGGAGAGCAAGGCUUCACUGCUGAAGGAGCUGCAGCUGUGGGUGGAAGGGUGA